UAAAAUACACAUUAAAAUAUUAUAUUCAUCAAAUAUAUAUAUAAUAAACAUUUCAUAUUACCUUUCUCAUUUGUAAUUGGUUCUUUAAUAAGUAAACAUCUUUAAAUGAUGUUGAUCAUUUGUUUUUUAUUUAUUUUUCUGUCUUUUCUAAUGCUAACUUUCACAGUAGUUUCAGGUGAAGUUGAAUCAGAAAUGGAAAUCAAAGAUGAAAUAGUUAAAAUUCAACAUAAAAAUAUGACAAUCAAAGUA